AUGGCGGACGGAGGCUGGGGCGUGCGACGCCGACUGGCUAUCUGGGAGAGCCGAGCAGACUCGUUCCACGAUAAAUCGAGCGCCGAUCCUGUACGAACCUCCACGUCAGGUUCGGGAGCUCCCUGCGGCGCGCCAGCGCAGUAUGGCGCGUCGCCAGCCGUCGGAUCAACGGCGGCGGCGAACGGAGGGCGGAGAUGGGAGCAGUGGGAUCGGACGUACGACAACGUGCAUUUCUCCACUCCGCGGGAUGGCCAGUUUGGUGGGCCCGGCGCGUCGUCUAGCUAUGUGCCCGAGGACCCUCGCUACACGCCUACGACCAACCCGCCUGCCCCUGUUGCGCCCAAGCACAACCCGCUCUCCCUGUGGGGUUUCCAGGUGAACAGUGCGAACCUGAAGCUGGUCUUAAAGCCCAACAUCACGGAUCGCAAGUGGAAGGUCAUUUUUGAGCCGCAGAGAGGAGACAUCCGCUUCCUCACCCGCAAGAUCCCCAUCAUGGGGCUGCUCAACCUGCAGGUGGGCAUUGGGCAUGACUUCAGGCACAACGCGACGGGGUGGAAGUGGAAACUCACCUCCGUGCUGAAUGGGAACACGCCCUCAGAGAUUCGUUAUAAGCACAACCUGCCCGUGUGCCCGGGCAUGGACGUGCGCGUGGGGUGGAAUGCCGAAUACGUGCUGCCCGACAUGCACGGAGCCUUGGGAACAGGGGAGCCCAUUCUCGGGCUGAAUGUGGGGCGGUUGUACGCAUCUGUGGAGAGACUAGAAGCCAUCUUCACCUCCAUUGACUGA